UUCACCUCCUACGACUACACAAUCCUCCCACCACCACCUAUCACGAAGUGAACAAUAUCAGCUUUUUAAGAAAGGAGAAUGCCUCAGUGAACAUACAGUAUGGUCUUUCCUUAAUCAUGAAACUGGCUAUCCAAAUGGUAUGAGGAGAGAUGCUGUCAUAAACCAGAUGGCAGCACUCUUUCCCAAUGGUACAGAUGAUUAUUGCGAGUGUAACAAGAGCUUUGAUCUACAUUACAGUGGAGGCCGGGAUAGGACAGCUUGGGACUGUGCAAGACAUUACCAUAGUAACCCGUAUAGAAGUGCUAUAUCACAUUUCCUCGACCAAAUGAAUAUUGCUCAUUCAACGUCGCAGUCUUGUCAUUCGCAUACAGCUGUUUGGCAAGAACUUGCUGAGAUUGUAGAACACAACCAUGAUGGUCACGACUGUGCAGAGAACUUGAUACGGCAUUUGUAUGACUCUGUACGCCAUCAAGGAGACCCAUGUUCAUGCCACACCGGUAGAGUACCUAUUUAG